AUGUCGACGUCACGAGGUCGCAACCCUCCUCCGCCAUCCUCGUCGCACAGGCGGCGCGCCUCUGCCAACAUACCGCAAUCUGACGACAGUGACAGCCUACUAAUCAAACAGUCACGGCAGCUCGAAGCCUUUGGCCGCACCGUCCAUGCCACCGCCAGCCAUUUUAUCGGCCCUCUGACAGGCGAUACUCACCACCACCAAAAUGCCCUCGGCGACAUCCACCGUGAACUACGCCGACCCUUGAUACAGCGCUCCGUCUUUGAGCUUGCCAAAGCCUCGCCCAAGGAGCUCGUCCGGUCUACUUUUUCCACCUCCGAGAUCCAGCACCGCGCCCUGGUUCACCUCCCCGACCAUCUCCUCCGCCACAUUCCCGAACGCACCAGCACAUUUUCCUUGUUCCAAGGCUUCCAGGCAUCCAAGUCCGAAGAGAAGAAUGAAGCCUCGCGGAACGAGAAAGGUCAGAAACUGCUCGGUCCCGACGGCGACCUCGAAACAGACACUUCCACCCCUGCAGCCGCCCUGAAGAAGCUCAAAUCGAAAAAGGGUACCAUGGAGCACCGUCUGGACAUGAUGGGCAUUCGCAAGAACAUGUGCAUAUCCGAAAUCAAGGAAAUCGACACCAAAAUCGCCAACCUCAACACCAUGAGGAAGAUUGUUCUUCAACGGCUAGCCGGUCACGAGCAGGAAGAGGUUGAUCUAGAGAACGAGAUACAGGAGAUGAGUGAGAAGCUUCAGGACAUGCUGGAGGAAAUCCAAGACGCUGCUGCUCUGGCCACCAAGACUUCACCGCUGGAACCCACUCCGGAUACGCCAGCUGAUCUGGCUGAAUCUACCGACACCUUCAUGUCCGAAUCUGUAUACGACAAGUUGCCCGCCCCUUCGCCCACCAAGACGGAUAAAGAAAAGGAAAAGGAAAAGGAGAAGAAGAAGCGUCGCGUCAACAGACGCAAGUCCAUGCCUGUUCUGCACGAGCACAUGGAAAAGGGCUCUCGCAUCCGUGAAUUCCAGGCCCACAACGACAUGAUCACUGCUUUGGAUUUCGAUGCUCCGUUUGGUACUCUUGUUUCUGCUGCUCUGGACGACACGGUUCGCGUGUGGGAUCUGAAUGCUGGAAGAUGCAUUGGUCUUCUCGAAGGCCACCAUGCCUCAGUCCGUUGCUUGCAGGUCCAAGACAACUUUGUUGCUACUGGCUCCAUGGAUGCCAACAUUCGCUUCUGGGACCUGAACCAAGCUGAAUAUUCUCCCCCGCCGGCUUCACGGAGCAACAGAUUUGGUCGUUCGGACAGCGACGAGGAAGAAGAUGACGCCGACAUGCUCUCAGAUCCCGAGUUGGAACCUCUUCCCGUGGCGCCCACGUCUUCCAUGCAGGACUGUCUAGUUACCGAACUCUCUGCUCACGUGGCUGAAGUCACCGCUCUGCAUUUCCACAAGAAUACCCUCGUUUCUGGUUCGGCGGACAAGACGCUUCGUCAAUGGGACUUGGAGAAUGGCCGCUGCGUACAAACACUCGACGUCAUGUGGGCAGCUGCUCAGGCCAGUGUAUCGAACAACAGCUUUGGAGCUCCAUCUCCUGCUGCUGCUGCAGAUCCCUCUGCUUCAGAAGGCUGGUGGCGACCCGCUUCUGGCCGCCUUCCUCCUGCCGAAGCGGACUUUGUCGGUGCCAUUCAAGUAUUCGAGACGGCAUUGGCUUGUGGUACUGCUGACGGUAUGGUAAGACUUUGGGAUCUAAGGAGUGGCAGCGUUCACAGAAGCUUGGUUGGCCACACGGGACCCAUUACAUCUUUGGCAUUCUCUGGCAUUCAUAUGGUGACUGGCAGUGCUGACCGCAGUGUUCGGAUUUGGGAUCUUCGAACUGGUGGCAUUAUCGAUGCAUUUGCUUACGACUCGCCCAUCGUGGACUCAUCGGUUGAUGCCAGGCAUAUUGUGUCAGCAAUUGGUGAGUCAGUGGUCAAGGUGUACGACAAAACAGAUGGCAACCAAUGGGAUUGUGGACCCGGGGCAUCAUUGGACGAGGAAGACCAAGGACCGCUUUCCACCAUCGAGCGUGUCCGUAUCAAGGACGGAUAUCUGGUCGAAGGCAGGAAAGACGGUGUUGUCGGAGUGUGGUCAUGUUGA